AUGAACGGCAGCUUGUGGAACAAUUACAGAAUGGGAAAUGGACGGAAAAGCUUCCUUCUCAGUGACGGUGAUAUCCUCCGGCUUUCGGAGAGGGUAUAUCUGAUUUAUCGCUCUCUCGAUAAUGCACAGCACACGUAUUUUGAUCCUUUCCAGGUUCAUGAGAUGAGGGCAUUCUCCCACGAAUACGUUAUCACGCGGCGCAAGCUUGGCUCUGGUGCUUAUGGACAGGUUCAUAUGGCGUACAAUAAGAGUACCGGACAGCAGUUCGCUUGCAAAAUUGUUAACCUCCUCGCAGUCAAGCAUCAGCUGGCCAAGGUAGGAGAGGCACGACACGAGCUGGCAUUUGGGAAGAAUAUUAGUGCGAAGAUGAAGGACAGUUAUGUCAGGUUCCAGCUACAGGAGACUCUUGAGAAAUACCACCGCGAGGCGAAGAUACUUGAAACCCUGCAACAUGAUCUUUUGACCGCUGGAGACCUAUUCUCCUACAUCCAGUACAAAGGUGGGAGACUGCCUGACAUCGAAGCGGCCGUUAUUGUGCGUCAGAUUGUCAUCGCCCUUGAUUAUCUCCAUGACAGAAACAUAGUCCAUAGGGACUUGAAGCCCGAUAAUAUCUUGAUGACGGCCCUGGCCGACGGAUGUAGAGUUGUGCUCACUGAUUUCGGAUGUGCCACCUUUGUCGACCCGAUGACAAAUCGAAUGCUGAGUACGGUUGGAACCUUUGAGUUCAGCGCUCCGUCAGUACUAUUCGAUCCUUGGGGAUAUCACGCACUGAUCUUGUAUAGUGAGGUAGUGAGGCAGAAUCGUGAAGGAUAUACCAAGGCCGCGGAUCUAUGGUCUCUAGGCUGCUUGGCGGCCGUCCUUCUCACCGGGGAACCUGUGUUUGAUAACAUGCGCAAUGGCCAUGAUGAAAACUGCCGGCUGAAAGCUAUCGAAGAGCUAAAGGUGAAGAUGCAUCGACUUAAUGUGGGCGACCGAGCUCAAGACUUCGUUUUCCGGCUACUUCAGCAAGAUGUACGCAAGCGCAUGGAUGUCAAACAAGCACUGCAGCAUAUGUGGUUCACCAACCCGUCGCACAAGGCCGAUUUCGAGGCACUCUACAAGCGUUGUAUCAGAGACUGGAAGCCGCGCACGGCUGAACAACCAUUAAUUGUUAAGCUGAAUACUUACGUCAACGGUCAGACCCAGAACCAGACCAUACCCAGGAUCAAGAAGGAGCAUUCUUUCGUGGCUGAAUCCUCCUCUCAGGCUGAUCCGGUCCCACCAUCAACAGGCGAGACAGAAGACAAGAGCCCCGAGAGCCUUUCAGACAUUGUCCAUUCUCCGUACCAUGACAAGUCUCAACAAACGCGCUCUUCGGCUGAAGUAGCAGUAUCCGUAUUGCAACCGGAGGAGGACUACGUAAACGGUAUAAAGCGAUCCCAUUCCAGCAUUGACGAGGUUGAGGAUCGAGUUUACGAGGAGGUAAUGAACCCGGUAACUGGAAAGCGACAGCACUUGGUGUAUGGCUACUGGGCCACGGCCGCGAAGAAAUGA